AUGCUGUACAAACUCAGCAUGGAGUGUCACCGCCCCCUACUGGACUGGGGUGGCUCUUUCUCCAGACCAUCACAACAAUAAACAUAAAAAAAUAUGUAUAAAAUAACGUUAUAAUUAUAACGUUAUUAUUUAUCAAAACGUAUGUAUUAUUUUGUAAACCUUCCUUACCCACAGACAUAAUAACCAGACCAAAAAACCUAACAUAAUUGGGAUAGAAAACAAAGGUGAAAGAUAAAUGUAUCAAGGAAAAACGAAUUAACGCCAGUAGAUGGCAGUGGAUUCCACAUCAUCCCAACCCGACCCUUCUUGUUGCUAUGACAACGUUCAACAGCUAGACUGAUGAUCCAAACGAACGAACUCCUCACAAAGUAACUCGGGCUUCGUCUGUUGAUAAGGUACACUGAACAAGAUGUCCACCUCCGCAAGCACGUUGAAGAAACGUAAGCCUUCUCUGAAGGUUACGUCUUUGAAUGACAGCAAGGCCUCAGACAAAGGUUCUCUGCAAACCCCAAGACAAACUGUCAAGGUGUUUGAUGAAAAGGGCGAGGAUGUCACCCCUAAGCUCCUCUUCCAACCCGACCCAGGGUCCAUCCCGAUCAAACACAAGAACAUCUUGGCCAACGAUGCUUCUGCUGGCACCUCGUCCGGUUUCCUCUCAACUCUAUUCCAGUCAACCGCCAACACAAGUUUCUCGAUGCCCUUCAACAGGUCCUUCCUUGGCAGCAGCACAGUAUCCAGAUCAAGCCAGUCCACCAUGGAGUCCCUAACUGAAGACAUUGAGGAUCCUGCCUCAAAAAGAGACAUUCAUAUUACCCACUUAGAGUGCCACGGGAAAAGGGAGGAGGUGCAGGAGGAGUGGAGCGAGGACAUGCUGGACGACAUUGUUGACUGCUACAUCACGGAGACAGACACCAUCACACUCUUGGAAAUGCCUGGCGUCUCUGUGUCGGUGGAUGCAGAGGAUGCAGAUGCUGUUAGAGAAAGAAACCGCAUCUAUGCUGAGCUCUGCCAGAACAGGAUUGGCAAUGAUAAGUACAUGGAUCGGUCGAUGCAGACGUUCAACGGAGUGUCUAAGACCAAGAAGACCCAGACUGACAAAGUCAACAUGGUGGAUGCAGCAUCCAUGGCAACCGUCUGGGACCUGUACGACUCCUUCUGCGGUGGUGAUCAGGAGGGGACCCUGCCCGCUGAGGACCCCAUGGUGGACAAGCUGGGCUUCCCAGAGGCUGCGAUGGGGGCCCAGGGGGAACCAGAGAAGACCCCGUCACUGGUCAACACCAGCAGCUUUGCCAGCACGGCCAGCUCACGGAUGGAGACAGAGAUAUUCCUGGUGCGCGUGGAGGACGAACCGGACCCGGCGCUCAUCCUGAACUCUGAGAGCUUCCGGCACAGCCUGCUGGUCAUGGAGAGGACCGUCCUGGCAAACGUCUACCAGCCAAGGCUGGCCGCAUACAGACAGCUACCUGCACUCGUACCUGCACUGGAACUAAAUGAUGAACCUGACCAAGACGGAGGUGUGGCAAAGCCCAAGAUAAAGGUCCCUAGUGGGGAGGAGAGAAUAGAGAGCCCCCUGCCUCCAGUGCUGGAGCUGCUCUGGGGCUUCAGCUGUGACCUCACCACCGGACACGAGGUCAGCUGCAUGGCCUGGAACAAGAAGUGCCAGGACCUCCUGGCUGUGGGCUACAGUCACUCCAAAGACAGCGAGGAAGGGCUGGUGUGUUGCUGGUCCCUCAAAAACAUCACAUGGCCCGAGUGUGUUUUCCGGUGCCAGAGCAGCGUCACUGCCCUGGACUUCUCGGCCAGUAGGCCCAACCUGCUGGCCGUGGGGCUACAGGAUGGCUGCAUCGCCCUGUACAACCUCAGCAGCCCAGAGAAGAGCCCAGGCACAAGUGAAAACGUCCAUAAGCACGUGUGGCCCCUGCAGCAGCUGCGCUGGACGUACCAGGAGCAGGGCUUCUCCAGGGAGGAGAAGCAGGAGGUCCUCAUCUCUGUGUCUGGGGACGGCCUGGUCAGCCAGUGGACCCAGCACAAAAGGCUUGAUUGCACAGACCUGAUGCAGCUAAAGAGGACGGGUGUGGAGAAGAAGAGAGUUGGGGAGAAGGAGAGGAACCAAGACUUAUUCAUAUCCAAACUCACCCCCGGACUCUGCUUUGACUUCCAUCCUGUGGAAUCCAGCCUCUACCUUGUGGGCACCGAGGAGGGCAACAUCCAUGCAUGCUCAAGCUCCAACCACGAACAGUAUCUGGAGACCUACCAGGGACACACGCAACCCGUGCACCGGGUCACGUGGUCCCCGUUCAGCGCCGACGUCUUCCUCAGCUGCUCUUCUGAUUGGUCCAUCCGGCUGUGGAGGCGGGGCAUUUACAAGUCGGUGCUGGACCUCACCUCCACCUACAGCGGCGUCUACGACGUUGCGUGGUCGCCCAGGCGGGCCACCGUGUUUGCCGCCGUCAAGCAGGGGCAGGUGGAGGUGUGGGACCUGGAAUCCAGCAUCCUGGACCCCCUUAUCGUGUACUCGGCUCAGCCAGGGUCCAAACUGACGUCCGUGCUGUUCACCGCCAACACCGAUGGGCUCUUGGUGGGGGACAGCACCGGGAUGGUCAGCGUGUACCAGCUGCAGAACAUCACCAUGGCAGAAGACACUCAGGAGGACACUUUGGAAGACAUCAUUAACUCUUCUCUGGCGAAGCAGCUGUGAGCCAUACGGACGGACGGACGCACACACACAUACAUGCGAACAGACACACACGCACACACACAUAUGCGAACACACACACACACAUAUGCGAACACACACACACACACACACAUAUGCAAACACACACAAACAUGCGCACACACACACACACACACACAUGCAAACACACACACACUAAUCCAGUGACUCGCCGUAAUGUUUCAUCUCUGGAGAACGGCGACGGAGUGUCUCCAGCGAGACGGAGUGUCUCCAGCGAGACAGAGUGUCUCCGGAGAGACGGGUUGUCUCUGCAAAAAAUGAUAAGCAUUCCCAUCAGAGUCCCAUUUUUAUCUGUCCAUAUCUCUCAUUUCAGUAAACAUUUUAAAAAAGCCUUGUUUUUCCUUUUUUAACAGCGGCAUACCGGUAUGUUGAUAUUAUUUGUUAAAAAUAGCAUUAUUUUGUCAUUUGUUUUCUUUGUUGUUUUAGGUGCCAAUACCUUACCUACGCUUUUUUAACAAUACUACAAUUGAGUCAUAUAGUAAAUUGCAAUGCUUUUCCUGUCAUAACCCUAUUUGAAACUAUACCACAAUACAUAAGCAAAUAAGAAAAGCAUAAGCCAGCAAUGGUAGAACAGGACAGCCACCCAUUUGCAUCGUCAAUGUUUUAACCUGACAACUGCUUUUAGUGGCUGUCCUAUGAAGCAUCGAUGUUCCACAGAUCAUUUAGGAAGUCAUUUGUGCCUUCCGCUGUUAAAACAUCCAACACCAAAAUUACAUCCUUGGAUUUCUUUAAGCCUCUUACUGAUUUAUCACCAGCAUUAAAGGUUUUCUCACAA